UUUUGUUAAUUUUUGUUGAUUAUUUUUUAUUUGCUUGAGAUAAAAACAAAAAUAAAUUUUGUAAACAGCUUCAAAAAUAUAAUUUGUAUUUGUAUAAAAUAAAAUUAAUAAAUUUAUUCCUUUGCAACUAACAUUCUUUUUUGGAUAAUUAAAAAAAUUUUAGCAAUUUUACUUGCUAAAAAUAUUCUAAUAAUAAAACCUUUAUUUUUAACAAAUUGAAUAAAACUUGCAAGUAGAAGAGCUAAAAAUGAAAAAAACGUUUAGUAAAAAGACUUGUUUGCGCGGCAACGAACUCUUGACGUCCACGCCCAGUCAUUUGUCAGUGUUCGACUGUUCGUGUUCAUUGUUUGGCUGCUUUAUUGUGCUGCGUACUUCCAUGUCUCCAUAUAUUAUAUACAACUGUUAAAUGAACAAGGAGAUUGAACAAGAUAUAUUCCUCGAUAAAAAAAAAAUUACAUAACUUUAUUGGUGGAAUCAUGAGUUACUAUGCCGUAGCAAAUGGACGUACCCCAGGAAUAUACAGAUCUUGGGAUGAAUGCAAAGAACAAGUUUACAAGUUUCCUGGUCCUAUUUAUAAAAAAUUUAGUUCACAGAGUGAAGCAGAAGAGUUUAUCAAAUCAAAGUCUAAUGCUUCCUUUAGUUGCUUUAAAACCUCAACUGCAAAGAAAGCAAAUACACAUUCUAUAAUGAAAAAAAAAUAUCACAAAUCAAUUAACUUAUCUAGUAUGAAGGGUGCCAAUGACUAUAUAAUCGAUGACAAAGGUUACACAGAAGUUUAUACCGAUGGUGCAUGUACUUUAAAUGGUAGAGGUAAUUCCAAAGCUGGAAUUGGAAUUUGGUUUUUUGAUAACUGUUCUUAUAAUGUAUCUCAACCUGUAAUGGGCAGAGCAACAAAUAAUAUGGCUGAAAUUCAAGCUGUUACAAUUGCAGCCAAACAAGCACGCAAAGCUGGUAUCACGAAAUUAAAAAUCAGUACUGACUCUGAAUUUUUAAUUAAAUGUAAGACUCAAUGGAUGCCUAAAUGGCAAAGUAAUGGAUGGCGCACAGCUAAAGGUAAGCCUGUGAUUAAUAAAGCAGAACUCAUAGAAAUGGAAGAAGCUUUGUCACCACUAGAAGUAAUAUUUAACUAUGUGCGUGGUCAUCAAGGAAUAUACGGGAAUGAAAUGGCAAAUAAAUUUGCUAUAGAUGGCAAAGAACAUUAUAAGGAAAAAUAAUUGUUUACUACUAUUACACUAUCAUAUCUAUUUUUAACAGUUUAUUUAAUUAAAAGUUUAUAUAAAAAUAAAUUACUAAACAAUAUUUUAAUAAUCAGUGCUAUAUCAAUUUUUAUCCCUUAGGUUUUGAUUUUGAAG